UUACAAGCAUCCCGGAGAGAGAAGAGGGGGGAACGAGAGGCACUUCAGUCCCCUUUUUUGGGUGGUCCGGUGAAAUAAAGCAGCCGCGCAGCCAUCGCAGGUCUGUCAACCUUUUUUUUUUAAUAAUCAAUCGGAUGUCUUGUCAAGUUUUUUUUUCCCGUUCUCCAAGUUGCGCUUGGAAAGCGACUGAUAUUUGAAGCAGCAGCUGCUCGAGAGGAGAGGAGGUCGCUGUCGGAUAUCUGAUAAGGUUUCUGCUCUACUUUUCCUCCCCCGUUCCGCGCAGGGAUUACGCGGACAGGAAAGUUUCUGCCUGCAAACUCAAUCGCGUUUCUCCAAAGAUCUCGGAAUGCUUGGAGGUUGCUGAGCAGUUAAAGUAAGCAAAUUAAGCUUUGUGUAAGAAUGGCGCUUCAGGCCAGGGUGUUGUACGACUUCCACUCGGAGAACCAAGGGGAGAUAACCAUUCGUGAAAACGAGCUGGUGAGCUUGUUCAGCGAGGAGGAGUUGGAAGGUUGGUUGGAAGGGAAGAACAGCCGAGGGGACGUCGGCCUCAUCCCGGCCUCCUACGUGGAGAUCAUAAGGGACCACAUCACCUCCAACAACAACAACGGGUUCUCCUCCCCCAAAGUUGUGACUCCCACACAUGCCCCCUAUUCCCAGCGAGGACCCGAGGCGGGGAGCGUCGGCAGCGGCGGGGGAAGCUUCCACACCAGCCAGGGCAGCGAUGACGACUGGGACGACGACUGGGAUGACAGUUCCCCGGCCACCGAGACUCCAAGGAGUCUGGGGACCUCACCCGCUUCCUUGUACCCGGUCACCACCACCCUGCCGGCCCGGCGCAGCAGCUCCAUGCAACCUCAAGCCAAGAGCUCAGCCACGGUAGGAAGAAACCUGAACAGGUUCUCAACUUUCGUCAAGUCCGGAGGAGAAGCUUUCCUUCUCGGGGAGGCGGCUGCUUUCGUCAAAGAUGGGGACAGGAUUUGCGUGGUGAUGGGCAAGCACGGACCCGAAUGGCAAGACGACCCGUACCCCUUCACGUGCACCAUCGACGACCCAACCAAGCAGACAAAGUUCAAAGGCAUGAAGAGCUACAUGUCCUACGGACUGACGCCCACUCACACCAAUGUUCAAGUCAACCGCAGGUACAAACAUUUCGACUGGCUGUACGCCCGGCUGGUAGAGCGAUUCCCGGUCAUCUCGGUUCCACAUCUGCCUGAGAAGCAGGCCACUGGCCGCUUUGAGGAGGACUUCAUCUCCAAGCGAAGGAAAGGCCUCAUCUGGUGGAUGAACCACAUGACCAGCCACCCUGUGCUGGCCCGCUGCGACGUCUUCCAGCAUUUCCUCACGUGCGGCGCCGACGAGAAAGCUUGGAAACAGGGCAAGAGGAAGGCGGAGAGGGAUGAGCUGGUCGGAGCUAAUUUCUUCCUCACAAUCAGCACGCCCGACGUCCCGCUGGACCUUCAGGAAGUGGAGAGCAAGAUCGAAGGCUUCAAGUCCUUCACGAAAAGGAUGGACGAAAACAUCGUGGUGGUAAACACCACCAUCAACGAAUUUGCACGCAAGCAGAUAACAGGAUUCAAGAAGGAGUACCACAAAGUCGGACAAUCCUUCAAACUCCUCUCGCAGGCGUUUGAGCUGGACCAGCAGGCCUACUCGGGAGGUCUGAAUAAAGCCAUCUCUUAUACCGGUGACACCUACGAGGCCAUCGGGGAUUAUUUUGCAGAUCAACCACGCCAGGAUCUGGAUCCCAUUUCUGAUCUGUUGGAUCUCUACAGAGGACACCUGGCCAACUUUCCUGACAUCGUCCAUGUACAGAAAGGUGCGCUGACCAAAGUGAAGGACUGUCCCGCGCAGGAAGGUGAUCUCCACGACCGUUGCAACAUCAUCUCGUGCGCCACGCUGGCCGAGAUCCAGCAUUUUCACCGCACACGCGUACGAGACUUCCGAGCGCAAAUGCAACACCACCUCCGAGAGCAAAUUGGCUUUUUCCAAAAAAUCACAUCCAAGCUGCAGGACGCCCUCCAGAAGUAUGACAACGAGCAGUAGGAUGAUAAAAAAAAAUUGGCGGUUGGAGGCGGAAAAAAUUAUUGACUGAAAAGCAGAGUCCUGGACCAUCAUGGGGGAAAUAAAAUAUACGGAAGGUGAAUGAUCCACUCAGCGUGAUUUGCAUUGUUUUGACUAUAGUGGCCACAAGCUAUCUGCAUUUCAACUGAACUGGAUGUUUUAAGCAUUUAAAGACUGAAUAACCUUUCCAUAUAUGGAGUGCAUAGGUAUUGGUUUGCGAUUUCAAUUAAACUGCAGGAAAUGGCAUGUGGAUCAUUCAAACAAUUCUGCUACCAUAAACCAAUACAAAAGUAUUGCUCUACAAGCCCCGCCCCUUUCUGCAUCAUUCUGGAACCAUAUAAAAAAAUGGCGUCGUGGAAACUUACCUACAGGGUUCAAUUUCCACUGAGGUUGUCUUGGUCCGAUCCAGGAUGACCAACUGAGAUUUCCUCCAGCUCCUCGGAACCCUGAAAUAGAUAAAAUCGGACGAAUGUUUUAUUGAUUUGUCAUCAUCCAAAUCUCAGUUGACUAACAUUACCUUUGCAUGUUCAUUAAAAAACUCAGUUAUUUUCUGACUGGAAAAAAAAAAAAGGGUAUAUGUGCGCUGUUCAUUGGCCAGUGAUGUCAUUUUAUGACUUGCUUGUCGAGGUCAUGAUAUUUCUCUUUUACUCACACUAGUAAGGUCAGUUGGGGUAGUAACAGUUUAAAAGAAUGUUUGAAACCAUAUCUGCCUCUUUGUUUAAACAUUCCGCAUGUUCGUCUAAAUAACUGAUAUUGUUGGCGCUUCUUCCAUUCUUUCUUUUGGAUACCGCAUUUCAGAUUUCUUUUCACAUACUCUGGAAUGAACCCAGUGAUUUUUUUCUUAAAGGGCAAUUAGUUGUUUGUGGAGUUUCAUAUGAAUUCAAUGUAUUACAACAGGACAGUAUUUCCAUAAAUAAAUGGAUAUAGGACAUUA